AUGCCCGCGUCCGCCGCGUUCACCGCUGCCAUCGCGGCCAAGCCGGUCGUGCGUCCAACCAACGCCAGGCGCUCGCUGCAGGUCUCCGCGAGCGCUGUUCCCGAGUCAACGGGUCGCCGCGCAGCCAUCGCCGGCACGGGCGCGGCGCUGUUCGCGGCCACUGCAGGCCCGGCACUGGCAGCCUACGGCGAGGGCGCCAACGUCUUCGGCAAGAAAACGAACGUCACGGGCUUCCUGCAGUACGCUGGCGACGGCUACUCGAUGCUCGUCCCCAGCAAGUGGAACCCGAGCCGCGAGAAGGACAACCAAUACGUCGUCGUGCGGUACGAGGACAACGGCGACCAGGCCAACAACCUGUACGUGUCGGUUGAGCCUGCGUCCAAGGCCGACAUGAGCGAGUUCGGCGAGCCCCUCAAGUGGCUCGCGUCGAACGCGCUCAUUCUCGGGCAGCAGAGCUGGGUCGGCGACACCGUGAGCGAGGGCGGGUUCGCGCGCGGCGCCACGGCGAGCGCGUCGAUCCUGGACGUGUCCGACGAGAAGGACAAGAAGGGCAGGACGGUGUACAGGUACCACGUGCUGACGCGGUCGGCGGACGGCGACGAGGGCGGGCGGCACAUUCUGAUCAACGCGGUGGUGUCCAACGGGAAGUUGUACGUGCAGAAGCUGCAGGUUGGCGACAAGCGCUGGUUCAAGGGCACCGACAAGUUCGCGCUGGGGUCGUGGGACAGCUUCACCGUGGCGUAG